AUGGACGACGCGGCGACGAGCUACCUGCUCGUCUUCACCGCGAGCUUCCUCGCGAACGCGGCGAUCCGCCUCGUCGGCGACGCGUGCCUCCCCUCGCUCGUCGGCCGCGCGCGAUGGAACGCGCUGACGCCGUCGCAAAAGUACGCGCUCGCGCUGACGCCGAACUCGAUGUUCAACUCCCUCCUCGCGCCCGCUCUCGUGUUCCCGGCGCUGACGCGGACGCCGCCGCUGACCAAGCGAGGGAAGUUCGCGGUGAUCACGCCCUCGGUGGACGGAGACUCCUCGAACGCGUGCGCGGUCGCGAUAGGCUUCAUGGCGUACGAUCUCGUCUCCAUGCUGUGGAACUACGAAGCGUCCGUGCGAUCGAACGGGAAAGGGCUGUUCCACCUCUACGUGUGGCAUCACGUCUUAUCCAUCUUGUUCUGGCCCGUCGCCAUCUUAAAUCGCGCGUUCGUGUACUUCGUGAACUGGUUCAUACUCUCCGAGCACAGCAGCUUCUGGCUGUCCCUGCGAGGGUCGAUGCUGACGCUGGGGACGAUAAACACCCCGGCCGGGCUGUUCGUCCAGCUGGCGUUCGUGGUUUCGUUUUUCGGAGCUCGCGUCGCCGUCAUGCCGGACCUGUACCGGUCGUACGUGAACGCGGACUGGGCCGCGGUGCCGGGAUGGCAGGCCACCAUCGCGGCGUGGACGGUGCCGAUCCCGUCGAUGCUGAACGCGUACUGGGGGUUUCUCAUCGUGAAGUCGCUCGCGAAGGUGGCGCUCGGAGGAGGAGGGAAGAAGAAGAAGACGACGGGCGCGGGGCCCGAGACGCGAGCGCGCGGGACCGCGGCGCCGAUGGGCAGCCCGAAGCAGGAGUGACGUAACGUAAGACGCGCACUGUACCUAACGAAACGAUUCUUUUUC